AUGGCUCCGGAAGACUAUACGCUUGCCUACCUUAUAGUAAUAUCGUUCAUCGUUAUUUAUUAUUGCUGUGCUUGCCGCACCCGUGACUCCAACGAUGCCUCCUCCUUGCCGCCUUCAUCUACGCCACCACCCCUAGAUGCCGCCGCCAUGAUCACCAUCUACCAUCGGACUCCGACAGAGACGAAUGAGGAGUCCCUGGAAUGCACUAUCUGCCUCGAGGUUAUCAAAGAAGGGGAGAAAGUGAAGGUAUUGCUGAGUUGCUGUCAUUGUUAUCACUGUGAGUGUAUCGACAAGUGGUUGAUUGCCAAUUCGAGUUGUCCAAUGUGCAGAACUUCUGUACCAGUCGACUCGCCCGUUUGA